AAAUAAUAUUUUUGUGUUAAUUUAGGGACUAGAAUGCAUCGACUUGGAUUGCGCUCCCGCUGCCUUCAGCUGGCAAUGCGGAGUAGUAUUGUGGUAAGGACAAAUGUGAUUGCAACCGCGUUGCCCAACUUGGAGCUGGUUAAUGAGGAGCCGCACCAGGGGAAUGGGAAUGUGGUUUACAGCAAGAGCAAAGAUUGCGACAAGGAAAAGAAAAUGGAUACGCCGGAGCAAGCAACAUGCAAGGUGGAGAUGAAGGCCUCAAAGCCAAGACCCACAGAGCGGAGUAUGAAAACCUUUGAAAUAUAUCGCUGGAAGCCUGGCGAUAAGCCAAAACUGCAGAAAUACGAGAUAGAUAUGAAUGAGUGUGGUCCCAUGAUCUUGGACGCCCUCAUCAAGAUCAAAAACGAAAUGGAUCCGACGCUCACGUUUCGCCGUUCGUGCCGUGAGGGCGUCUGCGGCUCGUGUGCGAUGAAUAUCAACGGGCUGAACACGUUGUCCUGCAUCCAGGCGAUCGAUAGGAAGCCGGGCAGGGUAUGCCGGAUCUAUCCACUGCCGCACCUGUAUGUGAAGCGUGAUCUCGUACCGGAUUUGUCUAGAUUCUAUCAGCAGUAUCAAUCCAUUGAGCCGUGGCUUCAGCGCAAGGACGUCAACAGGGAAGUGGGCAAGGCGCAGUAUCUGCAAGCCAUUGAGGAUCGCGACAGACUCGAUGGCCUCUACGAGUGCAUCCUGUGUGCCUGCUGUCAGACCGCGUGUCCAUCGUACUGGUGGAACAGUGACAAGUAUCUGGGACCGGCCAUUCUACUGCAGGCAUAUCGCUGGAUUAUCGACUCACGGGACGAGGCCACCGAUCAUCGUCUGUGCAUGCUAACGGAUCCAUUUAAGGUCUAUCGCUGCCACACCAUCCUCAACUGCACCAACACCUGUCCCAAGAAUUUGAAUCCCGCCCAAGCCAUCAUAAAGCUGAAGCAAUUGCUCGCCGGCAUGACCAAGAAGCCCGCCCCCAAAAUGCAGGCCGAUCAACUCUUUCACAGUCAAACGUAGUAUUGAUCAGAUUAGACUCUUAACUUUUAUUUAAGCCAGGCUAAAUUCCAAAACGGAAUCGCUAAUCGAAUGUGUAAAACGGAACCUGAAUAUUUAUUCAACAAUAUAUAGAAUUGUUCAAAUUUUAAUCUUAAUUUUAGCCUUUAUAAGCCGAACUCAACCGAAUAAAUAAAUAAACAAACAAA